AUGUCCCCUGCAGCGAUUCCCGAGGAGCUGCAGCCGCAGCCGCAGCCGGAUCUGCACCAGGAUCAGCUCCAAGCCGUGGGCAAAGCAUUCGAUGCCCUGCUACUAACUCUGUUCCGACUUACCCACAGACACAAUGACCUCAAGCAAUACACCGAGGAGGCUUUCAAACAGUAUACAACCGUGACAAGAUUACUGCCACCUCAAGAUAGGCCUCAUGCGAUGGAGGUGCAGCAAAGGUUAUUGGAUCAACAGAAAAUAUUGUGUGAGGGCCUUGUACACAGCCAGUCGCCCGUCGAAGAACAGUCGUUGAGUUCAAUGGAAAUAAUGAAGACGCUCGUUUUGCACCAAAAUGUAGACGAAAAUACCAUGCGGGCCAUCGCGGACGGGGUCAAAGGGUACAAGGCUCUGCUCCGCUCCGAUGGCCUGUCCCAAAUAUCCUCCGAGAACUCCUGCCUCCUCGCACGCGGUCCGGACCCCUCGGUUCCCCUGGAGCAAGACUUCACUACCAACGGGACCCAGGGUAGUCUGCACUGUCCCUUUUCCAAACCCAAGUCUCCCCGGUCGGGCAGCGACAUGGGGUCUAAGAAAGAUGACGGUGGACCUAAGAUUCAGAUUGAUACCUGCGGACACGAUCACCUGGACCCGAUCAAGGCCGAUCAGGAAGAGCGGCGGUCCAGUACUACCCCUUCCGUCGGUCGAUCUUCCCAAGGGCGAUGCCCCGUAUCUCGAUGCCCUAUUCGAUACCUGGACAAGCAUUCACCGGAAGAGAUUGCCGAAUACGUGGAGCGACAUAAACAUGAGAUCCCACGGAGCCAUGCCAUCUGCGUGAAGCGAUAUCAGCGAGAUCCCCAGAACAUGCGGCAGCUGGAUGCCAAGUACGGCGGCCUGAUUAACAUGAUCAGUGGCCUCAGUGCGAAACACCAGGCUUUCCUCCCGGAGCGAGAGACCAACGGCGACGGCGAAGGUGAAGGCGAGGGUCGCUCUGCCCACUCCACGUCCCCAGAGCGAGUCGAGAAAUGGGCCGAGGAGGUGGACCCGGUGACUCCAGUACCACCCACGCAACAAGUCGAGGAUCGCGAGAGUCGCUUCGAUCGUCCUCUCCGUGAAGUUCGAGUAGGCGAAUCCCCAAGCCGGCCUUGGGGUAUUCCGGUUCCUAUCACCGAAGAACCACUUGCCGGAUCGACCUCUGGUCCAGUAUCCCCCGAGGCGGUUCCCGUUGAUCCUUUGAAUCGGCCUUCUGGCGAGAUACCGGCUAAACCAGUAGGUCGGUGUCCAUUCGGUCACGAUGCUCCCAAGGCUGCCUCCGCUGCUAGUCCUCCUGCCCCGGCCCCGGCACCGGCCCCAGCUCCAGUGCCCGCCGUCCACCUUGAAUCUCCCUGGUCUAACUGGGGCAACUUUGACAACGUGGGCAAGGGCGAGACCACUGAACACGGAGCGACCAAUAUGGGCGACGGUUCUCCCAAGACCGAUACCAACACUCUCCCUACACAUGUCACCUUCAACGGACCGGUGUUCUUUGGAUACUCCGCCGAGCAGACGGCCAGUCUGAUGCAGCAACUGGCGCAACUCAACCUGGGCAAAUCUUAA